ACGGUGGUCGGGAAUUCCUCUGUGAGAACACUGACCUCCUCUCGCCACGAAAGAAUACGUGGGCAUUCUCCUCUGCAAUUGGUCAGAUCUGUGAGCGAAAUGAACAAAGCAGCACAGAAAAUUGUGAGCUCCAACUGGUAUAAAGUGAGGACAUGAAAAGUACCUUUGUUAAAUGCUUGCUCUAGCUUGUCCAUUCUCAACACACAUUCACAUUUAUUGGGAAAGAUUUGUUUGACAAGUGAUCUUAUCAUUCUGCAUUGUUGAAAAAAAUGCAACCGCGUCUUUUAAGUUCAGCGUGAGACUCAACCGUAUCACGCGAGCAAUCGUUUGUCGGUUUCUUGUAGUUGGUGAAAACCCUUUGCCGGAAUGCCGAGGCUGGAGACUUCGGUGUUUUUUUCUCCAGUGUCUGGCUGCAAUGGCUUACAACGAACUACUGGGGUCGGGCUCCUGGCUCUCGUCUUUUUGAUGACCACACCGGGCACGUUGCAACAGACUGUUGGGGUGGCGCGGAUCGAACUCUGUCAGCCCAGCAGGGUCCUACCGUCGUAUUUGCAAGAAGCCUGUAACGAGCUGCUGGCCAGCCAGGGUACGGCACAGAGCGCUAUGGCAGACUCCGGUACCGGUGCGUCACCUCCCGACAGAAGGCCGCUGUCUGACCCCCCACGCUACGGCCGGCGGAGCGGGGGCUCCCCACUCAGCGUGCUCCUGUCCAAGCGAUUCUACUCUUUGCCAACUUUCAAGCCGUACAACGUCAUGCACCAGCAGCGCGACGUCGGCGAGAGACGGGCCAGCGACCAACGGCUCCACAUGAUCAGCCCGUCAUUCGAUCUUCUCCGGCGGAUUGCCUCCUUACGGGACAACUUUGACCUCUGGAAAAGCAUGUGAUUGUGGGCUACACAUUGUUAGCGAUGUAACAUUUCGAAAAAUUAAGUAAUUGGGUCACAAAUUAUAAACCACAACUAACAAAUCUGACAAGUGGACUGCAGAUUGCAAAAUUAUAUUUUUGAGAUUCGAAGAUUUAAUAAGGGUAUAAAAUGUACCACCAACAAAAUCCAGCAUUGCCUAUGUUUUAAAUAAAGAACUGCUUUAGUGCAAAAUACCACGAACUUAAUACUAUUAUUAUGGUGGCAGAUCAGUACCAGAGUUGUAAGACAAUUUCAGGCUACUCACGCCAUUGCCUGCAAUUUUCUUUACUGUGAAAACAACGCUCAUUUCAAUAAUGCAUAAAAUAACCACAAGAGACAGGAUUUAGAUUGUAAAAUCCAUAAAUACCAACAGUUUGAAGUUUUGGGGGAUAUAAAUUCGAAUCGCGAGCGGAGAAUCAUCAAAUGCUUCGAAUCUUUUACGUUUGAAUUAAUGUUUACUAUAUUUAGUCAAUACUAUCAAGACGGUGUCGAAAAAUCUGGAAUCGUCUUUUGCAUCAUCCAGGCAGAAGACGUUUGAUCUGCGUGAUAUAUUCAUGAUGAAUUUCUGUCAAAACGUUAAAUUUCGGUAUUUUUGUCAUUUUUGAACAAUACCCUCUCAGAUACAUUUUUGUACGGGAUCAGAAUUUAUUCAUGAAAUAGUGCGUAAACAUUUUAGCGUGUCAUUCCCCUGAGAUUUUGCCAGAUUCCCAGUCACAAAGAUGGCUUGCACAUAUAAGUUGGCUGGAAAGUAAGGCCCAGUGCUUACAAUAUCUAAUGUACGCGUACUAACGUAGUGACUUCAUUAUUGUGGAGAGGUCAUGACUGGUCAACUUUUCUACCCAAUCUGAUAAUCCAAUGCUGUUGACAAACGAGGCUUUUAGAACCAAAGGAGGUAUAUCGAACCGGCUUACGUCGAGUAAUGGGCAAUGAAUUGUAAAAGGCCUUUGUUUCGAAUGGUACUGGUUUAUUCUUUUGAAAGGAUAUCUAGAUUCCUGGCCAAAUUAGUAGCCUUAGAAAUAUUUUUCAAGGGAUCAAGGCUCAUUUCUACACGUUAUUGUGGUUGAGCCUCACUCAUUAGCAUGGCAAACGUAUCACAUAAUACGACAAUAGUCGACUUCCACGUUUCGAAUGUUCGCAUUUUCCCCUCGUUUAUUAACAGAGCCAUGCAAUCGGAUCGGGUAAAUUUCCAUGUUGUCACAGAGUCAUCCACACUUCUUUUACACAGCCAGUUGAAAAAGUUACUUACUUAUUAGGCUGCUCACAAACUUUCUGGCUGCCAUCGACAAUCAUGCUCGCACUCGUGACGGCCACUGCGCAAGCGGCUGCAGCCACUUCCCGUUGGGACGUGUGUUUAAUAUCGCUGGCCGCAGCCACUACUUGAAUAUGGACACAGCCUGAGCUAACACUUUGGAGAACACUUCUGCUUUCAAGCAUAGACUCUGAUACAUUAAAACGCGUGUUUAAAUUGGUGUGUAACUUUCUGACCUUGGGGUCGCAGACAAGAGUUCAAUUUUGACACCAAUUCUUGGUAAUGUACGAAGGUGGUCUGCAAUAUUUUCGAGACUGGCCAAAAAGCUAAAUUUUUCGAUUUCAGGCAGUUCUUGAGAGGGUUUUUUUUCUUUAGUAUAAAACGGCUUUAGAUAUCAAACGUUAUCACAUUUUGCGCACAAUAUUAUAGCACUUAUUGGCCACCGUUCUUCGUGAAGCAAUGGCAGAUGCGAGUUGAAUUUUAAAUGUUGCGAUAAUGCAUCCCAUUUUUGGCACAAGGUUGCACUAUGAAGGUAAAACAAAGGCUACUUAAAGACUGAGUAUCUAUGAUAUUGCACUUUUGGAAUGAGUUUGUGUAGACCGACAGUGGCCAACGCCUUUGAAUAUCAUUGGUGUUGGUUUCAGAUGUGACAAGGUAACGCGUUUGAGGGGGUGUGUCGUGGGGUGUGUCAUAUAGUACAUCGUAUGAAGACUGAGUAUCUAUGAUAUUGUACUUUCGGAAUGAUUUUGUGUAGACCGACAGUGGACAGCACCUUUGAAUAUCAUUGGUUUUGGUUUCAGAUGUGACAAGUUAACGCGUUUGAGGGGUGUGUCGUGGGGUGUGUCAUGUAGUGCAUCGUAUGAAUGUGUAUCGCUGAUAUUUGGUGUGGAAGAGCGAGUUUUGCUUGAUCGUAGUCAUGGAUUCCAGACUUGGUGGAUAUAAAUAAAUAAUGCGUGACAAAGCAGGAAACGGUUGGUGGAAUAGGAACGGGCGAAAGGUGUUAGAGGAAUUUGCAGAGGACAAGUAAACGAAGCUAAUACCUGGGAUGUCAGGUGGUUGAAUUGCAAACGUAUGAUACUGGGAUUUCACAUUAGCGCCGUCUGCGCAUAUCUGCAUAUCUGACUCCUUACUUUCAAGCGUCUGAUCGUAUUAAGAAUUGAAGCUGACACAUACAGCCUCUUUUUCAAACGCGGAAGUGCGCAGAUCGACGCUAAAAGCGUCAUAUUGAGAUCCCUCUAUUGGAAACGCAGUAGAUCGUUAGCCCAGUGCAUUCAUGCACCACCCCGUUUCCUCAGUGAUUAAGAGAUCGCAUUCGACGGUAGAGGUAUUCAUUAUUCCUUUCGAAGUUGGAUGAUGGUUACUGUGCAUAGCUGCCCAGAAGUUAUGGUAACUACAUGCGCAUGGGUGAUGGAAAAGUGUGCUUUAGCGAUUUAAAGGAAAGGAUGAGAGUAAUUAUAUAUAAAGAUAGGAGUAAAGUGGUCAAAAAUAAAAUGAAAAAAAAAAAGGAACCAGAGGAUGAACUGAAGAGAAAUCGUGGAUAUCGGAAUGCUUUAAGAAAAGACAAUUACACGAAAAGCUUGCUAAAUUAUGAACACUUCAUGAGAAGGGGACUUGCCUUUGAAAUACGUGUAGGCCUAUGCCCUAUCAUAAACAAAUCUGCAUGUAGAGCUGAGACAAACCAUUUUCAAAAUAAAGUUCCUUUGGUAAAGAUUAAUGUUUGACGUAAGGUAUUACGACACUGUUACAGAAUGAUUGUCCAUUUAGCUUGUGUAAUGAAAGCUUUCUUGCAAACAAGCAUCAAAUUAGAUAUAGUAAUCAUUAUAAAGGUAAAUUGUCUUAUACUAACUGCACGGUUGUUAAUAUUUAUGACAAUUUAAUUGACAAAUAUGAAAGAAUAAAAAUGAUCCACAUGAUGGCGUUAUGUUA